CGUCGGUCUGUGAGUUUCUCUGAUGGGAAACAUGAAGGGCCGAUUCAAGGGCUUAGUUCUUCUACUAGUGGUGAAGAAUUUAGCCGCGCAUUGGAAGCAUUGUCGCAGUCAAGUCUUAGUGGUUCUAGCGGAGUUGUUCAGUCAGUCAGAUCAAAGCGGAUAGCGGACAUGAUGCACGCGCUGGAAGAUGAGGGUGAGUAUGAUUUGAUUGACGACGACUCUCCCUCGAAAACAAGUAGCGCCGGAAGGCCAGAUGAAUUGCGACCCCUUGCUUCUCGACAGCCGGUCAACGAUACCCCAGGUAAUUCCAAGGCUGAUGCGCCGCGCAGGACAUUAUCUAGAUCCCAGACGCAUCGACCCUCCCCUGCGAAGCGAAGUUUUACCAGGGCCAAUGGAACAUUCUUGACGGAAUGUUCAUUCGGGGUGGCUCGUGAUCGACUAGUGGAGGUCAUCACAGACAUCCAACCCUUCGAACCGCAUUGGGAGGAACUCAGUUCAAUCAAUUUGUCAAAUAGGAAGCUGGAAAGUUUGGCGCGGCUUAAGGAGUUUUUACCGCGGCUUGAUUCACUGAAUGUUGGAAUUCCGACGACGUUGAGGACACUUUCUGUCGCUUGUAACAGCCUUACAGGACUUACAUCGUACAGCCACCUGCUCAACCUUGAAAACCUUGACAUAAGUCAUAACGAGGUUGAGUCCCUGCGUCAACUGGGUUGUCUGCGGCAUCUCCGAGAACUCAAGGCUGACGGCAACAAUAUAACGAGUAUCGAUGGACUAGAGCAUUUGGAUGGCCUCGUAAAACUCAGCCUUCAAAGCAAUUCUAUUCCUUUCGUUGAUUUUGGCCAUUGCCGGUGGAGCCGCUUAGAGAUGCUGAACAUCAGCUACAAUCAGUUGGACAAUGUCCAAGGGCUUUCAUCAUUGCAAUCAUUGGUUGCUCUAAACCUCGACGGCAACUUUUUGAAGGACCUUGAGAUGAAGAACCCUCUGCCACGGCUACGGAUUCUGCGGGUCAGUGCCAAUCGACUCUGUCACCUUCAGGUCGCCGCUGUGCCCAACCUUCGCACGCUUUAUGCGGACAAUAAUGCGCUAUCGAGUCUAGUCAAGGUUGAUCGCUUGAGCAAAUUAGAAAACCUCAGCUUACGGAAUCAGAGUGGACGAGGACUAAAAUUUUUGACCCGCGAUGUUCGCGAUGUGAAGCGACUGUACCUCUCUGGCAAUCCCCUCAACACCAGCCUCUUGGAGGAACCAUGUUACAACCUGGUAUAUUUAGAGCUGGCCGCUUGUCGGUUGACCGCGCUCCCCGAGGGAAUGGCGAGGCUAGUUCCGAACCUAAGGGUGCUGAAUCUCAACUACAACUUCCUGGAGGAUGUUCGGCUGCUAGAAGGACUCACGAGGUUACAAAAGCUGACCAUCAUUGGCUCUCGAUUGAAAAGCACGAAGCCUCUGAUCCGGCUACUCCAACGGACGCCAGAUGUGGAAAUGCUUGAUUUUAGGAUGAACCCGUGUACACUUGGGUGGUACCUGCCGCUUCUCGUCAAGGACGUGCCUGGGGCUUUGCAACCCUCUGAAGGGACGUCGGGAGGCAAGAGCGAGAAAGUGUUAGUGCCACAAGGGUGGCAAGAGCUGGAUUCGAAAUUCCGGCGAGAUCUACCGAACGAGGCGUACAUUGGACGAUUGGCAUACCGAGGACUAAUUAUGCAAGCUUGCCCUCGAAUACGAAUGUUGGAUGGUGUGGGGGUGUCUGAGAAGGAGCGUAUGAAAGCGCAUCAUUUGCUGCAGGGGAUUUUG